UAGGCUGAGCGCACUCGUAGGGAACCUUCAAACUCCCACCAUUACCUUUCCUUCCCUUCUCUCAUUUUUCAUAAGAACUUUCCUCUGAAUCUAAUACUCUUUCCCUUUCACAAACCACAAAUUUUCAAUAUAACAUAUCGAAUCUUCAAUUUUCUUUUUUGGUAUAUAUAUUCUUCCAAUUUAAGGGAAUAAUAAUAAUAAUAAUAAUAAUAAUCAAACUGUAUAUAUAGGCCCAACUGAAGCUGAUCCCUUUCUAUAUAUAUUUUUAUAUAUUAAAGAUUGCUUCGGUAAUGAUUCUAAACGCCAGAGAAAGCUGCGCAGCCAUGGACGGUGGUGUGCCGGAGAGGUUCAUAAACGCCUCCACCGCUGCCUCCUCCUACCCUUUGUCGGCCAUAGCUGAUGCGUUUGAGGAAUUAUCGAAGCUUAUUAACUCGGGCAAACUCAACGAGUCGCAACCGUACCAGCUCCGCUUGGAUACCUUUUGUGAAGCUUGCUCUCUUAUCUCGUUUCUCUUUGGUUGCCUUGGCCUCGCUUUCAAGUUUGCCGAGUGUGAAUACGUCUCCAAGGUACAUAAUCUUGUUGAAGCAUCGAAGAGAUAUGGCAGUUUACAAAACAUGAUAGACUCUGAUGUGGCAAAUGGGACAGUGAAAACAUCAGGAAGCAAUUCACGUAACUUACGACGUGUUAGGCAAGGUCUUGAUCUCAUCAGAGCUUUGUUUGACCAAUUUUUGUCAAAUGAUGAUUACUAUUUAAAGGGUGCAGCUUCAACAGCUUAUGCUGAGGUUUGUGCACCAUACCACUCAUGGGCUAUUAGGGCAGCAGUUGCUGCUGGAAUGUAUGCUCUCCCAACCAGAGAACAACUUUUGUUGAAGCUCAAUGAGACAAAUCAAUCAGCAGAGAAGAAGAUGAGAAGGUAUAUUACAGCCUCAAUUCCAGUAAUUGAAUACAUUGAUAAGCUCUACCUUUCAAGGAACAUCAAGUUGGACUGGUGACUUCACUUGUAAUUAUUAAGAGGAUUAUACUGAUCUUAGAAGAGGUGAAGUGGUAAUAAAAUAGCUUUGGUUGAUCCAAGAUGGCUCCUCUUUUGUUUUAAUUCCCAGAGCAUAGUGUGUACUACUUUCGAAAGAGAAAAAAAAACAAAAGGAAAAACAGGUUGGUCUCUUGUAGAUCAUGGAAGGUAUCAUCAACCAAAGAAAAAAGAAGGCACAUUUAGAAUGUUAUUCUUUAGAUUAUUCUAAUUAUAUUAUCAUGAUCAUGCUGAUAGAAUAUUAGAGCAUUUGAAAAUAUCCAUUAAUUGGAAGUGUAAGAUUAAGUAUAAACUAAUUAAUAUCUCAUAUUAUAUGUAGCAAUAUUGUAAAAUCUAGAAAUAUAUAUAUUAAAUGAAUAUAUAACCCAAUUUUCAUUUUGA